UGCUGAGCCCCCGCUGAGACCACCCCACUCAUGACCCAUGUGGCACCACUGGUAGGACCUGGCUGGGGGGGUGCUCAUUAAUUAAUUAGCAGAGGGAGGCUAAUUAAGAGCCCCCCCACCCAAAGCUCCAGUAUGCAGGUGACGCUGAGCCAGGCCACCUUGGCAGGAGCCAUCAGCCUCAACCUCCUCCUCCUCCUCUACUGCACCUGGCGGGGACCGGGGGGAUCACCUCCCUCCUGCCGUCCCCCCCGCAGCAUCCCCAGCAUCACCAUCCUUCUCUGGGACUUUGAGAACGACCUGUACCAUUACCGGCAGAGGUCAGCCUGUUACCACUGCAUCCCACGGCGGACCGACCUCCACCAUUGGUGCAUCCCAAGCUCCACGUCCGCAUUCAUCACACAGCUUUGGUCCCUGACAGCACCCACGCCGUCCCUGGGCUGUUGGAACACGUGGGACACGCUGGAAGAAGGUGCCAGUGACACCCGGUUGGUGGCAACACCGGUGGGAUUGGUGCUGUUGCGGUGCCUGGAACUGAGGUUGGAACCACGGGUGUGGACAGUGCAGUACGGCCCCAGUAUGCCAGGGGUUUGCCAGGCGGUGGAAGGAACAGCAGUGCUGCUGCUUCGCACCCACAACCUCUUCACUCUCCCCUUCCCCUUGGCGCAACCGGUGCCCACUGCACUCUUCAUCCAGGCGGUGUUCCAGGGUUGGGGGCUCCGGUUGAUGCCGGCAGCAUUCCCUGCAGCUCGCUGAUCUCCCAUCUCCCCCCACAGCCAUUGGAAAGCCAAAAUGGUGGAAACCCGAUGACACCAGUUGAUGCACAACCUUGGCAUCAAACAGGAGGUGCUGGCGGACGGGCGGGAGCACUGGCACAGCUGCAGCAAGGAGACGGUGUGGUGUUUUGGCACAGUGCACACCCGUACCCAGUACCUCCUUGCCGGGCGGUGGACCCCCCUGUGCUGCCUAUGGGCACUGCGGGAAACCGCCCGGCACAUAGCCGGGAUCCUGGAGGCCGCCGGCGUACAGCACUGGUUAGAGGGGGGGUCAUUACUGGGGGCCACCCGCCUCGGGGACAUCAUCCCUUGGGAUUACGACAUGGAUUUGGGAAUUUACCAGGAAGACGUGGGUAAAUGCUGGUGGCUGGCGGCAGUGGUGCCGGUGGAAGACGCCGAGGGUUUCCUUUGGGAGAAGGUGGCAGAGGGAGACUUUUACCGCAUCCACUACAGCCAGAGCAACCGGUUACACGUGGACCUGUGGCCCUUUUACCCCCGCGGGGGGGGGGUGAUGACCAAGGACACCUGGUUGGGGCACCCCCAGGACGUGGAGUUCCCCAAAAGUUUCCUCCGUCCCCAGGUGCUGAUGCCUUUUGCCGGUUUCACUGCCACGGCACCCAACAACGCCCGCGCCUUCCUCAAGCUGAAGUUCGGGCCGGAAGCCAUUGAAAACCCCGAGUACCCCAACCCCACCAUCAAGUGCCUGGGGCAGGACUGAGGGGGGGGGGGUGUCCCCAUGGGGGGUC